CUUAUGCAGUCACACACACACCCACUUACCUGCUACUAUAUAUACCUCACCGCUGCCUAUUCUUCUCAAUCCGCUUUUGCUUUGUUUGCAAGCCUUCCUUUCUCUCAGGUGGUGGUGAUUUGUGUAGAUAAUUAAAUCAAAGUACAUAUAUGGUUGAAGUGGGUAUUCAGAUCCCUGCAAGAACUUUCGACCCUUUUGCUGAGGCUAAAGAAUCUGAUGGCCCUGGGGCAAAAGAGUAUGUGCAUAUCCGCAUACAACAGAGAAAUGGAAAGAAGAGUCUAACCACAGUGCAGGGGCUGAGGAAGGAGUUCAGCUACGAAAAGAUUCUCAAAGAUCUCAAGAAAGAGUUCUGCUGCAAUGGAAAUGUUGUGCAUGACAAGGAGCUUGGCAAGAUUAUCCAACUCCAAGGUGAUCAACGCAAAAACGUUUCUCACUUCCUCAUUCAAGCUGGCCUCGUUAGGAAGGACCAGAUCAAGAUCCAUGGUUUCUGAUCAACUACCUAGUACCACGUUUCAAGCAGUAUGACACUUUAAAUUCGCUAUGUAUUCACCACGUGACAUUUUUAAUUUAAUAAAAUGUUAUACCUCAUUUUAUAAUAACAUAACUUUAUUAUCUUA